AUGGAUACAGUGGGACCAACCUUGGAAGAACUCUUCACGAAGUCGGGUCGUUACUUCGGCAUGCGCACCCUUCUUCUGUUUGCUGAGCAGAUGCUCGCACGUGUGGAAUUUAUCCACUCCAGGAACAUUUAUUAUGGGAGCUUGGAUUCGUGGUCUUUUGCCCUCGGCAGCACUGGCUGGCAGUCACAACGAGCUCUCCUGGUGGAUUUCGACACCCAGUCCGCCCAAUCGGCCGCCGCGCAGGAUGACCUUUACGCCGUCGGUCAAAUCCUGGCCUACUUCUACGGCAACUGGAGCUCCUGGGAUGAAUAUCUACAGAAGACCGGACCGAAUAUUCCCAGGGAUACUGCCCCGGUCAUAUGCACUUUCCUGCACAGGGCGUCUGCCAGCAGGGCUGUAGAUUAUCCAGCAUUACGAUCCGUCUUUCGCGAGGCCUAUCUGGAUCUGGCAACUCAUCUUGCAAUAGGUCUAGACUUGAAAGGGCCCAGGGCAAUCUGCGAAGUCUUUGAUCUUAAUCCCGGCGUUCUUUCGACGAUGGAUACAAGCUCUCUUUUCGAAUCCUUGAGCUUGAAGCUCUUCGAGGCUGGAAAACAGAUCGAAUUGCUUAAAGGCAUUGCUACCCAGCGGGAUAUCCACAGCUUCUCGGAUCUGGAUGAGAUCCUCACUAUCUAUGGCGUCCUCAUUACCCGUGACCGUCCGUCAGUUCAAAAGGAACGGCAAGCCAUGGGGGCAUACCAUCUGUCGAAUCGCCUAUGGAGAGAUCUACGAUCGAGAUCCGACUUGCACUAUAUGCCUCCUGCCGAUAGCCCCCGCUACUUCACAUCAGAGAAUUGGUGGUAUGCCUUGACUUCCGCUUUUGCAAAAGAGCUUCAAGUGUGGUAUGCAAAUUCCCUGCAGGUCAAAUCUGCGGAUUACGACGCGACGUUCAAGAAAAACCUGGACUCCUUCUACGCAGAGCUCUCCCAACUGAAUUCUAUCCGUCUUCUUGAAGAGCUCGCGAGCUUUGCGAAGAUGCGAGAUCGCUCCAGCUAUGACCAGAAAAUGAAUGAGAUUAAGCAGGCAAAUGAGAAUGGAAUGUAUCCAAGUGAAUGGAUGCCACCAGCCCUAGAAUCAGCUCACUGGGCCUCGCCACCCACAAAUAAGGUACCUUCAACAACUCCUCACCCCGCGGCCAACCCGUCAAUCAGUUCUCAGCCACAGCCACCGUCCAGCACGCAGAUGAAUGGACAUCCAGGAGCGAAUUCUCGAGCUAUGAGCGCUCCUGCCGCUCCUGGCGGACAACUCAAGGUGACCAGCGUUCGUCCAAGAGUGGUGAAACGCCGCAUUGAGCCCGGAAUGACGGCCACCGGGGAGCCGAUACGCUACAUUCAGAAACUAGGCGAGAAAAGGGCGAAUUUUGUCGUUGAGGGUGCCGAUGGUUCCUAUCCACUGGUGAGCAGCGCAGCCGCCGGUGGAGUCCUCGCCCUCGAAGGUGCAGUAGCGAAAGGUGUGCCUUUCACAGUUCAGCGAGAGGCAGAGAUCCAAAGAUAUAAAGAGCGAGUUAGAAAUGGCGGUGAAUAUGGGUGUUUCUUCGUUGCGAUUGGUGAGUUGGACGUUACCAAGGAACGACUGCCAUUCAUAGUUGUCGGGUUCCACCAUUCGGACGGAGUUACCGAGAUCAACGAGGCCAUUUCGAGAUCAAACCUUGCAUAG